AUGACUGUGACGCGCACUCAAGCCGGCAAAACUCCCAGGAAGACUUCUCGUCCUGGGUAUGUCGAGACCCCUGGCACUUUCGGAAAGCCACGAACGCGGAAGUCGAUGGUCCCUGCUACAGAUGACUCUUCAGAUGCUUCGGUCAGCCUAGACGAGAAUGCAAAGACAGGCACAAAGUCGCACAAAGUGAAUGGCAACAGCAACGGCCAUGUGAAUGGACACGUCAAUAGCGGCCUCAAAGAACCCAAAGAACAAGCGAACGGCCACUCGAACGGACACAUCAAAACAGAAGUCAAUGGAUCCCUCAUAAAUGGAAAUAUUGGCAAGACCGUUGUGCCGCGGAAGGUCAUUGAUGGUUGGGAGGUUGGUACCGAUCCCAAAAUCGAUACAUCUGGUCAUUUUGAGUUUGGUGGGUCGCCUGGCGUGGCUGCUAUCAUGAUCGGAUUCCCCUUGCUCAUGUACUACAUGUGGAUUGGUGCGACAUACUACGAUGGAAAGUUGCCCCUACCUAAACAUGGCCAGACGCUCUCAGACUUCUUCCGUGGCCUUGGACAAAUGGCAUAUGUGGGAGCAUGGCCCUCAGCGAAAGCAUGGACGAUGUAUUGGACAUUCUUCAUCUUUGAAGGUGCUUGCUAUUGCCUCAUGCCUGGUAUCUGGACAAAGGGAAAACCACUGCCCCAUGAAAACGGGCUGAGACUGGACUACUACUGCUCUGGAAGCUGGUCUUGGUGGGUUACCAUCGGCGUUGCCAUUGGACUUCAUUUCAGCGGAAUCUUCAAACUCUACGAAAUCAUCGAUGAGUUUGGCCCUCUCAUGUCGGUUGCAAUCAUCUCAGGUAUCCUUGUAUCAGUCAUUGCAUACUCUUCCGCCAUUUAUCGAGGCAAACAACAUCGCAUGACCGGACAUAUUGUUUACGACUUCUUCAUGGGCGCAGAACUCAACCCGCGUAUGUUCGGUAUUCUCGAUUUCAAGAUGUUCUUCGAGGUUCGAUUACCUUGGUACAUUUUAUUUCUCAUUACCCUGGGCACUGCCGCACGUCAAUACGAGAACUAUGGAUACGUAUCUGGAGAGGUCGGCCUCCUUCUGCUUGCACACUUCUUGUAUGCCAAUGCUUGCAGUAAGGGCGAAGAGUGCAUUGUGCCUACAUGGGACAUGUACUACGAAAAGUGGGGCUUCAUGUUGAUCUUCUGGAACCUCGCAGGCGUCCCACUAACCUAUUGCCACUGCACAAUCUAUCUUGCUAACCACGCUCCAACCACCUAUUCCUGGAACAAGUAUGCUUUGGGCGUUCUUUACGUCGUCUACCUAUUUGUAUACUGGGUGUGGGAUACGACCAACAGCCAGAAGAACCGUUUUCGGGCCAAGGACUCUGGAGGGGCCAUCACUCGCAAAGCAUUUCCCCAGUUGCCCUGGCAAUCUGUGGAAAACCCAAAGAUCAUCACCAGUGAGGAUGGGGAUACUAUUCUCGCAGAUGGGUGGUACGGAUAUGCGAGAAAGAUUCACUACACUUGCGAUUGUUUCUUUGCUUUGUCGUGGGGAGCUGUGACAGGUUUCAAUUCACCCUUUCCAUGGUUUUAUCCGGUCUUUUUCACCUGUAUGAUCAUCCACCGGGCUAUUCGAGACAUUCAGCGCUGCCGGAGGAAGUAUGGCAAAGCAUGGGACGAGUAUGAAAGACAAGUACCCUACCUUUUCAUACCAUAUGUAUUUUAA